UUCUCUGGACGUGCGACCUGGUACUCUGAUACGACUGGCCAGUGCGGUCACUCGUACUCGCAAUCAGAUAUGAUCGUCGCGGUCAACCAAGACCAGAUGGGUACGGGUAAAGCUCUUUGUGGCAAGAAGAUCCUGUUGACGCUGAAGGGAUCGGAUGUCCAGGCCGUUGUCACGGUCGUGGAUAUGUGUCCAGGACAGUACUGCAAGUUCGGAGACCUCGAUCUGUCCCAGGCUGCGUUCAAGAAGUUCGCUGGCCUCGGUGUGGGUGAACUGCAACUCCGGUGGAGCUUU